UGACCCUUCUCAUGGGGCCUUGCUCUUAUAUUAGUUCAACUUCUUUUCUCAGCUGCCAGUUCAUUUUCCUUCUUCAUAUCAUCUCUCUCGCUGUCACAUUCUCUCUAUCUAUCUCAGCCACUCCAAUAGCUUUGGUUCACUGCCACCCCUGCUGACAUUUUUCUCAUUGGAAUAAACAAACUUUGUGUUAACUGAAAAAGGUUUUUAAGGGAAAAAGAAAAAAUUACAAAAUGGGAAGGCACUCUUGUUGUUACAAGCAGAAGCUUAGGAAGGGUCUUUGGUCUCCUGAGGAGGAUGAAAAACUUCUGAGGCAUAUAACAAAGUAUGGUCAUGGAUGUUGGAGUUCUGUGCCUAAGCAAGCAGGUUUGCAAAGGUGUGGUAAGAGCUGCAGGCUUAGGUGGAUCAAUUACUUAAGGCCUGAUUUAAAGAGAGGAACAUUCUCACAAGAAGAAGAAAACCUUAUCAUUGAACUUCAUGCAGUAUUAGGGAACAGGUGGUCUCAAAUUGCAGCACAGUUGCCGGGGAGGACAGACAAUGAAAUAAAGAAUCUGUGGAACUCUUGCUUGAAGAAGAAACUGAGGCAAAAGGGAAUAGACCCUGUCACACAUAAACCACUUUCUGAAGUUGAGAAUGGAGAGGACAAUGGUAGGAGCCAAGAGAAAGCACCAGAAGUGUCUAACGAACUGAACCUCUUGAAAUCAGAGAGCUCCAAAUCUGAUUCAGCUUCCUAUGAGCAGAGAACAUCAAUUUCUCCAAAAGCCUAUGCACCUGAGGUGGAUGGUUCCUGCAGCUCCAAGAUUGAAAGCAAUUUUGUAACCACCAACAACUGUUACAGCAAAGACUUGUUCCUAGACAGGUUUAUGAGUUCGAGUAGUAGCCGCCAAGAGAGCUACACCAAUAGUUGCCAGCCCUUAGAUUUGAUGGGGAAUUUUCCAAUUCAGAUGAGUUAUGCAACCAAUGAUCACAGUCUCCCAAAUGAUUCAAAUUCUGGUCAUUGGUUCAGCCAAACUGGAAGGCCUUUUGAUAUGAACUCUGAUCAGUUUCCUUUCAAUGCUGUUGCCACUUCUAUUAAUCCAACACCUACAAGUACAACCAACUUGUUUCUUCCUAAUAAUUCUUUUUGCUACAAGCCUUCUUCACUUGCUGUUCCCUCUGACAGUGUUUCCACACCCUAUGGAUCCCAUUACUGGGAAGCCAGUGCCUCCAACAACAGCAAUAGCAGCAUUAGGAGUAAUAGCAGCACAGAAUUGAGAAGUAGCAGCCCCUUGAACAACAUCUUUUCUUCUUGGGGAUUGGCAGAUUGUAGCAUCUCUACUACUACUAAAGAGGCACAGAUUCAUAUGAUGGAGAAUCACAAUACAGAAGAACCUAAGUGGGAUGAGUACCUUCAUAACCCUAUCUCAAUGCUGGCUUCUUCUGUACAAAACCAAGCUCCUGAGUCUUUAUGCAAUGAGAUAAAAACAUCCAUGCAUUUGGUACCUGAUACUUUAGGGGCUAUGUUACCUCAUAUUCAUACCAAGCAGCACGAACAGUCUCAAACUUCUAGUUUCUUUUCCAAGGACAUCCAGAAGCUCAGGGCAGCCUUUGGACACAUGUAAAAGGAUUGGAGAGAAAAACACAGAUUUUAGAAAGGGUUCCAAUUCAAGGGAUUGCUAUUCUUAGUACAGGUGUGUGAAACCACAGAUUUUUGCUCUCGUAUGUAGGUCUAAUACAAAACAUUUAUUUUUACCUUUUUUUUUUUCUUUUCACUUUGUUUAACAUUUGUGAGCCAAAAACCAUUUGUCUUUUGCUUUCUUCUUCUCGGGUGUGGGGUAGAAUUGAAGAAUAAGGGUUGCUAUUCUGUCUUCUUUCUACUCUUUCUUUCUUUCUUUCUUUGCUACACACUGUAACCGCAAUGGUGCAUUUUGCAUGUCCAAGUUCAAAGCCGUCGCAGAUUUUAAUAUUGGUCCA